CAGCAACGCUGACAAGCGUGGACCAUGGCUGAGCGCUUUGAUGGCCCCGUGCUCGUGGAUCGCGCCGGCUUUAGCGCGUGGCAGGCCGACUUCAUGACGUCGGCGACAGCGCAGGGCUAUGCAAAGUACUACAUCGAGGCAACCUUUGACGACCCCGCGGCCUUUGCGGCGGCCAUCGCCCAGCUCGAGGCCAGGAACAGCGUCGUUGUGCCGGCCGACGCCGAUGCUGCACAGCGCUACGCUCACUUCAAAGAGCUGCAUGUCUUCUAUCUAGAGCAGUUCCACGCCCGCGCUCGCGUGUACCUUGCGUCGGCCAUCGACCCAUCUCUGCAGCGGGCUAUCUCCACGCUCGCGUCGUCGUACGACGCAUACCAGCACCUGCUGCAGCGUUUCGCCCCGAGCUCCGCAGCGGCGAUCCUCGCGUCUCUCACCUCCGUAGCUGGCGACGAGCCAGCGACAAUCGUGCGUCGCGUGGACGAGCUGGUUCCGGUCUUGCGCGCUGCCGUCGUCGGAGACAAGGACUUGUGUCAGCUCUCCGUCAUCGACUACGAUCGCCACGUAUGGAACGAGCUUCGAACUGCGCUUAUAGCGCAGUGCUUUCUCGGCGCGCCACGCUGCGCUGCAGACGAGGACCUGGCGCCGCUCGCAGCUACGACCGUGGAAUCGCCAACACCAGCUUCCUCGACGCCACUAUCAUGCCAUGCGAGAGUCGCAGACGCCAGUACCCCCAGCGAACUUGGUGCAGCGCAUCUGCCCGAGACUGCCGCUUCGAGCAGCGAAAAGGCACCUGACGAUACGGAGCCCGAUCCCAAGCGACAGCGCAUCCAAGACCUUCUCUCGGAAGCCGUGUCGUCGGAAGGUGAAGAAGAAGGCGAAGUGCUGCCGCGGGAUGAGCUGCCACUCGCGCGCACCGUCUACGUCACGCAGCUCAACCACAACGUCACUGAGGCAGUCUUGCAGGAUCUUUGCGAAUCGUUUGGCCUCGAGAUGGACCCAACGACGAACUUUCCCGUCAUCGACGUCUUCCUCAACCACCGAACGCGCCGCCCGCGGGGCGACGGCAUCCUCCGCUUCACGACGGCCCAAGGCGCGGGCGACGCAGUCACCACCCUCCAUAACAAGCAGGCGCGGCCGCAUUUGCCGGUGCUCCACGCUCGACUGCUGGAUUCCGCCACCUUUGCGCUAUUAACCGCUCAGAUUUAUGCGCCGAGGACGCUAUGGACGUGCGCAACCUGUCGGCGUGAGAUUUCUUGCUGGCGCAGCGCCUGUGAUGAGUGCAAGCAGCCCCGCAUACGACCCGCCGCGUGCAGCGAGCUCUUCCCGACCGACUGGCUUUGUCCACUGUACGUGGCGUGGUAA